CACUAUGUAGGGAAUAGGGUGUCAUUUGGUACAAAGCAUCUGUGUUGAGGGUAUAUUGUGGAUGCACAGGUGAGGUCUUUAUAAACAGUGAGAGGGCAUAGGAAAAACCAGAAGUGGUUGUUUCCCCCUGAGGCAGACAGACUCGUCUCCAGACUCUACAGAACACAGUUGUCUUCCCUCCACGGAUCAAGCCCUAUCAGACUGAGAGACAUGUCCUCCUCCUCUCUCCCGUGGUGCCUGCUGGUGGUGUGUGUUCUGACUGUGGUCCAGAUCUAUGCAGCAGAGGAACCUAAAGUCCUCAAGGUGUUCAACCUCCAUGCCACUGACCUGCACAGCAGCCUGCUAGGGACCCCUGAUGCCUACGUCGAGGUGUUCAGAGCGCACGGCUUUCUCGGGAGGACAGAGGUGAAGAACAACAACCACGACCCCAGCUGGAAGGAGGAGUUCAGCUUCCUCAACGCCCGUGAGAACAACAUCUUGAGGUUGGAGGUGUACGACAGCGACAUCAACACCAACGACCUGCUGGGGACCUGCGAGCGCUCCAUCAAGAUCGGAACUUGGCAACAUAAAUGUUUCCUGAAGACAGGCGGGAUCCUGAACUACUCCUACACCCUAGAGCCUCUACAGUAGACCCUGUACUACUCCUACACCCUAGAGCCUCUACAGUAGACCCUGUACUACUCCUACACCCUAGAGCCUCUACAGUAGACCCUGUACUACUCCUACACCCUAGAGCCUCUACAGUAGACCCUGUACUACUCCUACACCCUAGAGCCUCUACAGUAGACCCUGUACUACUCCUACACCCUAGAGCCUCUACAGUAGACCCUGUACUACUCCUACACCCUAGAGCCUCUACAGUAGACCCUGUACUACUCCUACACCCUAGAGCCUCUACAGUAGACCCUGUACUACUCCUAUACCCUAGAGCCUCUACAGUAGACCCUGUACUACUCCUACACCCUAGAGCCUCUACAGUAAACCCUGAACUACUCCUACACCCUAGAGCCCCUACAGUAGACCCUGAACUACUCCUACACCCUAGAUCCUCAACAGUAGACCCUGAACUACUCCUAUACCCUAGAGCCUCAACAGUAGACCCUGUACUACUCCUACACCCUAGAGCCCCUACAGUAAACCCUGCUACUCCCACACCCUAGAGCCCCAUACAUAAACCCUGUACUCCUCCUACACCCUAGAGCCCCUACAGUAAACCCUGUACUACUCCCACACCCUAGAGCCCCUACUGUAGACCAUGUACUACUCCUACACCCUGGAGCCCCUAGCCUAGAGUAGAGCCCCUCCAUCAACUACUGUAAGCCAACAAUACUCAGCUAGAGUAGCUAGACCUCCUCCUCCAUUGUCUGACUCCUCAUCUGUUACAUGUCUUUCUCAUUCUCCUGAGCUGAAUUCUAGGCUCCUCUUGUCCUCUCUAGGUUUCUUCCUAGGUUCUGGCCUUUCUAGGGAGUUUUUCCUAGCCACCGUACUUCUACACCUGCAUUGUUUGCUGUUUGGGGUUUUAGGCUGGGUUUCUGUACAUCACUUUGUGUCAUCAGCUGAUGUAAGAAGGGCUUUAUGAAUAAAUUUGAUUUGAUUGAA